AUGUAUUUAUAUUAUUAAGGUGAAAAUUAAUCUAGUGGUGGAGGAGAAUAUAAAUUGAAUGGUGAAAAAAUUGGAAUAUGGGAGGAGUUGAAUGAAGUAUUUUGGGAUUUUCAAUAAAUCAUGUAUAUUGGAGAAUAUUAUAACGGGAAAAAAAUUGGGAUAUGGAAGAAUUCAUUAACAAAUGGUAAUGAUCUUGAAAUAAAUAAACAGAUGUAAAAUAUUAUCAAAUAAAGGUUUAGUUGGGGUGGAUUGUAUGAUGAAGAUGAUUAAGGCUUGAAAAAUAGAAAAUGGAUUGAAAUAAGUUAAAUGCUUGUAAUACAAUCAUAAGUCAUAGAUAUUGGAGAAUAUAAAAAUGGUCAAAUGCUUGGUAAAUGGGAUUGUUUUUAUAGAGAUGAUUGCAAAAAUUAAAUGAAUAGAUGUAUAAGAUUAUUUCACUAAAUUCAUAUAGAGGAGGUUGGUCAUAUGAUGAAUAAAAUGUAGGAAUAAAGAAUGGAUUGUGGAUUGAAUUUUGUGAUAAUUUACGAAAUGGGUCCUUAUAAUUCUAAAUCACAUAUAGUGGUAAAUAUUAGAAUGGAUAAAUAGUGGUUUAAUAGUUUGAAAAUAAAGAAAUAAUAAAGGUUGUGGAAUGCAAUUUGA